AUAAUUAUAUGGCAGUUCCUUUUCUCCCCACGCCGAAACACACCAGUGACAGGAGCAGCCGAGGAACACGGCUACCGAUCUUUUCUCUCCUUUUCUUUCCAUCGCAGUGAACAGUAUUCAGCAUUAUAAGUACUCCCUACUUGCUACAUUUAUCCGAAGAACACAAGGGUUUUUAUUCUCAAGCAGAAAAUCACUCCUCUCUUUUAUUUUCAUGGAUUCUUUUGAUUUCAAACAAUUUUCUUUCACAAAUGGAAUUGUUAGAUUAGAUUAGGUUAUUGCAUUUUGAUUUUUGAUUCCUUUAAUAAAAACGGGCUUUACAUUUCUUUCUUCUUCUUCUUAUUUUGUGUGUUCUUCUCCAUGGAAUCUAAAGGACUUGCCUUGCCAGACCAGCUUCUUGCGCCCAGAAGGAAGCCAUUUUUGUUGUGGGUUGUUGCUUCUCUUAUAAUACUCUCUCUCUUUUUUCUCACUACUUCUUUCAAGGGUCGAAUUGUGACCCCUUUCUUUCAAGGCUUCAAUAGUGUUACUCAUAAUUCUUCUCUUGUUUCAUGGCCUUUCUCUCGUUUUCCUCCUAAAAAUAGUACUGCCAGUCCCCCGGCUAACGUGACCGGGGUCGUUUUAGAGAAAAUCCAUGUCGGCAAUUUCACUGAGAUUACUCAAAAUGGAAGUUUUGGUGAUGAAGCAACUUCUGUACCAAAAUCCCCUGAAGCAAAAAGCGGGAAUUUGAUAGAUUCUAGCGGAGAUGGGGGGGUUUUAGAGAGGCCCCUCUUGGGUGUUAUUGAAGUUGGGAAUCACAGCCUUUCUAGCAAUGUGGAUGAUGCAGAUGCAAAGAGAAGCGCAGAAGGAAAAUCUGUAGAAAAUCUUAUUGCAGAAAAUAAAAAUGAGGGCAAUGAAGAAAAUGGUAGAUUCCCUGGUAGUGAAGGCGAUCAAGGGGGCCAUAAUAAAGUUUCCUUUGAGAAAUGUGACAUAUUUGAUGGUAAGUGGGUGAGGGAUGAUUCGAAGCCAUACUAUCCUCCAGGCUCCUGUCCUUAUAUUGAUAAGGAUUUUGAUUGUCACCGAAAUGGGAGGCCAGAUGUUGGCUUUGUUAAAUGGAAAUGGCAGCCAAAUGGGUGUGACAUUCCAAGUUUGAACGCAACUGAUUUUCUUGAGAGAUUAAGAGGAAAGAAGCUGGUUUUUGUUGGGGAUUCCCUUAAUAGGAACAUGUGGGAGUCUCUGGUGUGCAUCCUUCGCAAUAGCAUCGGAAAGAAGAAACGAGUUUAUGAGAUAUCAGGAAGGAGGGAAUUCAAAAAGAAGGGUUUCUAUGCUUUUAGAUUUGAGGAUUACAACUGCACGGUGGAUUUUGUUAGUUCUCCAUUUCUUGUUAGAGAAUCAUCCUUCGAAAGUAAAAAUGGAACAUUUGAGACCUUAAGGUUGGAUUUGAUGGACCAGACAACUUCAAUGUACCAUGAUGCAGAUGUCAUAAUUUUUAAUACAGGUCAUUGGUGGACCCAUGAUAAAACUUCCAGAGGAGAAGACUAUUACCAGGAAGGUAAUCAUAUACACCGAAGACUCAAGGUCCUGGAAGCAUAUAAGAGAGCACUUUUGACUUGGGCAAGAUGGAUCGACAAGAACAUUGAUAGAAAUCGAACACUGGUUUUAUUCAGAGGUUAUUCAGUUACUCAUUUCAGAGGAGGCCAGUGGAACUCAGGAGGACGGUGUCACAAAGAAACAGAGCCAAUAUUUAAUACAACUUACUUAGGAAAGUACCCUUCGAAAAUGAGAGCUUUACAACAUGUGCUUCAAGAAACCAAAACUCCAGUUAUUUAUCUAAACAUAAGUAGGCUCACAGCCUAUAGAAAAGAUGCGCAUCCUUCUAUUUAUAGAAUGACGUACAAUACAGCAGAAGAACGAAUUGCUGCAGAGCGAUCUCAAGAUUGCAGUCAUUGGUGCUUACCUGGAGUACCAGAUACCUGGAAUGAGUUGCUAUAUGCUUCACUGUUGAAGGUCGGCCUGGGAUCUUGGAAAAAGUGAACAAGUUUGUGCAGAAACCAUGUGUCAGUCGAGAACUUGUAUUCUGUAGAUUACCCCUUCACUAUAACCUCUGUUGUAAGUUUUUCAAUCAGGCUUGAAAUAGGAUGUUGACGUCGAGCGGGAGAUAAGAGUCACAAAUGCGCAUGUACAUUUUACUAGUCAUAUUACAAGCAAUGAAGACGCAAAUUCUCUUUGUUUACAAUUAUGAUGGGAAAAUAUCAAUUUUUGUUCUGAUAGGAUUUGAUCAUUUGCAAGUGAUAUAUGACUCUGCUGAAAGAAUGAAGGUGGAAGGACCUAGAGGAGGAGCAUACACUCUGUUCUGUGGUUUUGCAGUCAAUCUUUAUGAAUUGAUAAGUAUUAAUUGGAAUGUCCCAACUGGAUUAGAAUGCUGAUGGCUUAGAAAUACAAAAAAGAAAAAGAUAAAGAGAGAACAACUGGAUUAAUGCAUUCAGAAAUAGAACAUAAGAGGGAGAGUUGUUCACAUUAGUAUUUAAUUAUGUGAACUAGUACUUCAUUACAUAAUGAAACUGACACAGAGACAUUUGGUGAUCACAGCAGACAAAGAACACUCACCACAAAAUCUGGGUGACACUUCUGCUUAGAAUACAGACCUUUUUAUUUAUUACAUCCCAUGCUACAGCUACAUUUAAGCCAGGAAAGACUCGUGACCGAGCCCGUUGCCGUUUUGUGACUUGCCGGUUUGCCAGGCGUGCAUUAGCCGAAGACUCUGCUAGCUAGCUUUUA